CGGCCGGCCGGGAGCUGCGGAGCAUCCCUGCCAACCUCGCCGAUACCCUCGCGCGGAUCUGCCGCUCCUUCCUCGGGAGCGCGUCGGGGCUGCCCUCGCGCGGGUGGGACACGGGAGCCCCCGGGUCGCGGAGCUUCCAGAGAGAAAUUCCAUGAUCUGUACAAUCUUCUUGAAGCAAACUCAGACCAGAGGGAGGAUUAUCCUUGACCUUGGAAGACUAGGCUAAAUUGAAAUUUAAAAUGUUCUUUAGGGAAGAAUGGGGCUUGAGUUACACUUUUGUGGUAAUUUGCUUCCUGACACUGAGGCUGUCCACCAGUCAGAACUGCCACACGAAGAGUCUAGAAGAUGUUGUCAUUGACAUCCAGUCAUCUCUUUCAAAGGGAAUUAGAGGCAAUGAACCUGUACAUACGUUAACUCAGGAAGACUGCAUUAAUUCUUGCUGUUCAACGAAAAACAUAACAGGAGACAAAGCAUGUAACCUGAUGAUCUUCGACACUCGAAAAACAACUAGACAGCCCAACUGCUACCUAUUUUUCUGUCCCAGCGAGGAAGCCUGUCCCCUGAAACCAGCAAAGGGACUUAUGAGUUACAGGAUAAUUAGAGACUUUCCAGCUCUGGCUAGAACUCAUUUGCCAAGCCAAGAGUUAACCCAAGAAGGUUCUCUCAUCCAUGGCCAGUCUCCGCAGGUGAUCACUCCCACACCCCCUCCUGUGACAGGUUAUUCAGAGUCCACUGACAGCUUACAGAAAGGUGCCUUUUCUCAGAAGUUGGGGUCCUCAGAUCACUUGGAGAAACCAUUCGAGAUUGAUCAAGCGAGUACACGGUUCCCUGUUGAUAAAGAAAAGGGCCAUUCUCAGAGUUCACGGUUUUCUUCAGAACAAAACAUAGCUCAUCUGCUGCCCGAAAAGGUGACAACACUCCCCACUACCCAGGCUGUUUCCUCUCUGCAUAUCACCUCUGCCGCUCCAAAGCCUGCAUUUCCCCCCACCACCAAUGCUCCGGUGAUACCUUCUGUGACUUUUGAACCAGAGGGGGCCACCUCAGCUCCACCCCUAGCAGUGGUCACGUCUCAGCCCCCCACAAGCCUCUUGUCUACAAUGUUGACACAUGCCGAAGUUACACCCAAAGCUGGCGUUACUACGACAACCAUCUUUGAGGCACCUACGGACUGGAAAGGCCCCCCAGAAACAGUGCCGGUUAGAGAAAUUUCCAACCUAUCUUUGAACGCAGAGGAUGCCUAUAGCCCUGUUACGCUUUCUUUGUCAACUGUGGAUUCUUCUGCUGCCACAUUACUUCUGUCAAAUGUGGAUUCUUCUGCUCCGAAUAAAAGUGCUUCUCAGGAAAAUGGGAAGGCCAGUCCAGGUGGUUCCUCCCUGAAGAGUGUUCCAGAAAGUCAGCAUGGCCUCCCAUUUGAAAAAUGGCUCCUCAUUGGGACCCUGCUCUUUGGUGUUCUGUUCCUAGCCAUAGGCCUUGUCCUCUUGGGUAGAAUGUUCUCAGAAUCUCUCCGCAGGAGGCGCUAUUCAAGACUUGAUUAUUUGAUCAAUGGGAUCUAUGUUGACAUCUAAGGGGGAAACUAGAUGUCUCUUAAUUCAUGUUCUUCCUGGUAGUCCAAACACAGUGACUUUCUACUGACUUGCUGAUCUUAGCAGGAUUUUUGAAGUGUCUUGAAGACAGGCAAAUGCCCCCUACCACUUUCUUUUUGCUUGCUUUUUUAAGACAAUGGGAGAAAGGAAACGAAUUAGGUAAUUUGAGUGAUCUAUCUCCAAAAUAUUCGCUGAAAACAAAGCUCUACCUAAAGUAAUAAAGUAUAAUUGGCAUAUAAAUUGAAAAAUGACUGGCUGUUUGCAAGGAAAAGUGGUUAGGACUUCUAGGCUGCAGUUCAUUAGCAUUUCUGGUUCCAGAUAAAGUCAACUGUUUAUGAUAUUAAUUCUAAUAGAUUUACUUUCCUUUUUAUAUGAAUUCCAAUAAAACUUAUUCCAGAUGUAUUUCCUUCCAAUUAAAUAUUUGAAUAAAUCUUUUGUUACUCAGUAA